AUGCGUUCCCUCAUUCUUAUACUUCUUCUUGUCGGCACAGCACAUGGCUUGUUUGGAGUUGUUACUGGUCUCCUUAAUACUGUUGGUAAUGUAAUACAAUCAACUGGCAAUCAACUAUCUCAAACAGCUACAAAUAUAUGGAAUAGUGCUACAAAUCAAGUUAAUAAUGUUAUUGGUAAUGUAGUAGACACUGCUGGUAAUGUUUAUGGACAAUUAAUCCAAACAGUCAAUGGAGUUCAGUUUGCUGCUAAUUUUCUAUGGGAUAAUGUCUUUGGUCCAGCUUAUGAUAUGUUCAUUGAAGGUGGACAACUGUUUCUUGAUGAUAAAUUUGGAAAUAUUGUUGGUACUCUUGGUCGUCGUUCAAUAUUACCAGAAAAUGUUCUUUCAACCAAAUAUACUGAAUUAACAGCUCAAUUUAAAUCAAAUCUUCGUGAUUUAUAUGAAAGUUUAUUUCAAAUGGAAAAAGAAGCUUUAGAAGCUUUAAUAAAAGGUGAAAAAAAUAUCGAAGAUAAAAUUCGAGCAUUCUAUGAUCGACUCGAAGAAAUUCAUAAAAAUAUUAAUCAAUGGGCUGCUGAAACCAAAUAUCAGUUAGAAUCCUUUGCGGCUACAAUUAAAGGUGAUGAAUGGGUACAUAUUCUUAAUCAAUAUAGUCAAAAUAUUGAAGCAAGUGCUAAAGGAAUGAGUAAAAUGUUACAAAAAUUAGCCGAAAAUUUAAUGAAAAAUGUGAUUGAUGCAGCUCUUACUGUUAUUCCUGAUGCUUUAGAUGCCAUUCAAAAUUUGAAACGACAAGGUCUUCUUUCAUUUCUUGAUCAUUAG